CCCAGAGUAACUGCGGCGGUGUCCGCCCCCUCCCUCCGCCCCUCCAGCCGGGCUGGGCACUGUCGCGGGCCCCCUGGCCCGGCCACCUCCCUUGUCCCCUGGCCCUCAAAGUUUGUGUGGAAGCCGGCGCCGGGCACGGUGUGCGCCCCCGGGGAGAUACGGGAGCUCCCCGAUGUCGGGCUGCAGGAGCGGUUGACCCGGGACGCCGCGGUCCGGGACACGAGCGUGGAGCGGUCAGCCCGGCAGCCCGCCGCCUCCGGUGCAUGGGGACCGGCUGAGGAGUGAGCAUGGGCAACUGCGUGGGGAGACAGCGCCGGGAGAGGCCGGCCGCUCCGGGACACCCCCGCAAGCGAGCAGGGCGCAAUGAACCCCUGAAGAAGGAGCGGCUUAAGUGGAAGAGCGACUACCCCAUGACUGAUGGCCAGCUGCGGAGCAAGCGGGAUGAGUUCUGGGACACAGCACCUGCCUUUGAGGGCCGCAAGGAGAUCUGGGAUGCUCUCAAGGCUGCUGCCUAUGCUGCAGAGGCUAAUGACCAUGAGCUGGCUCAGGCCAUCCUGGAUGGAGCCAGCAUCACCCUGCCUCACGGCACCCUCUGCGAAUGCUAUGAUGAGCUGGGCAAUCGCUAUCAGCUGCCCAUCUACUGCCUGUCACCCCCAGUGAAUCUGCUGCUGGAGCACACGGAGGAGGAGAGCCUGGAGCCCCCCGAGCCCACAGCCAGCGUGCGCCGUGAAUUCCCACUGAAGGUGCGCCUUUCCACAGGCAAGGACGUGAGGCUCAGCGCCAGUCUGCCCGACACAGUGGGCCAGCUCAAGAGGCAGCUCCACAGUCUGGAGGGCAUUGAGCCAUCCUGGCAGCGAUGGUUCUUCUCUGGGAAGCUGCUCACAGACCGCACACGGCUCCAGGAAACCAAGAUCCAGAAAGAUUUUGUCAUCCAGGUCAUCAUCAACCAGCCCCCACCACCCCAGGACUGAUGGACUACAGACUCCUGGGUAGAGGCCUCAGAGGGCCUCCACAGGGCUAGCAUCCCCCUCCCGGCCUGGAGCACAAGGCCCCCACCCUGCUGCUGCUUCCCAGUGCUGUUGUUUUCUUCAGGGGCGGGGGCACCUCCCAUGGCCCUACCAUAUGGCUCUGAGUGAGCUUUGAAAGGGACCUUACCUCCCAGCGGUCCUGGGACCACCAGUGCUUAGCACCCAGGGAGCAGUGCAGCCGCACACGGGCCUUGCCACCCCAGGCCCUCUACCCUGCGUCUUCUGCAUCAGGUUCGAGCCUUGGGGCCCAGUUGGGUGGCCCUGGAGCCUGGAUCUGCUGGUGCUGCCACUGUGCUCACUCCAGUUUUCUGCUCAGGGUCAGAAGCAUUGCUGUCUCCUUCCUCUGCCCUCACCAUAACUCUGCCCUGGGCACAGUGCCAGUUCCUUGGAGGAGAGGAAACCACCAGUAAGCCCCAGGGCACAGAGAGCCUGAGGUAGGCCUAUACCUCUUCCCUGCAGCCAGCACAAUCAGCAGAGAUGAGGCACGAGGCCGUGUGGCUGGGCUUUGUGGUAGAAGUCUGCACAGGGCCGUCUCCUGGCUAUAGUCCAGGCAGUAGGGGGUCCUGCAGCCUGGACAUGGCUUCCCAGCAGGGCCUUGUGUACAGAUACAUCUACAUAUUGGUCAAUAAAGCCUUUUGCUCCUUC